UAAAUUAACUGUGUAAUUUUGCAGGUUCAAGAAAACUCUCCAGCUCAACAGGCUGGGUUGGAACCUUUCUUUGACUUUAUCAUCACAAUAGGACACACCAGACUAAAUAAAGAAAACACCAUGUUGAAAGAUCUGCUGAAGGCAAAUGCCGAGAAGGCAGUGAAACUGGAGGUAUACAAUAUCAAAACGAUGAAAGUGCGUGAAGUAGAAGUGAUCCCUAGCAACAUGUGGGGAGGGCAAGGACUUCUCGGAGCCAGUGUGAGGUUCUGCAGUUUCCAAGGAGCCAGUGAACAUGUGUGGCAUGUUUUGGAUGUAGAACCUGCUUCCCCUGCAGCUUUAGCUGGUCUGCAGCCGCACACAGACUACAUUGUUGGAUCAGAUCAGAUCCUUCAGGAGUCAGAGGAUUUCUUCUCACUGAUUGAAUCCCAUGAGGGGAAGCCAUUGAAGUUGAUGGUCUAUAACACGGAAACCGAUUCCUGCCGAGAAGUAUUAGUAACACCUAAUGGAGCCUGGGGUGGAGAAGGAAGUUUAGGAUGUGGCAUUGGAUAUGGCUAUUUGCACAGAAUUCCAACACAGCCUGUUAUACCAAUGAAGAAGCAAGAAGAAAUCAGAUCACCUUCACCUUUGCCAUCAGCAGACAGUUCCCCUGUGCCAUCGACAAAUGGUUACAUAGAGGCUCCAUUGUUGGCACCUAAUUCCCAAAGGGACAGCUCUGACGAGGUUAUGAACUUGGAUGAAUCCACAGAUCAAGGAAUGAAUAUUUAUGCAAUGGAAAAUGCACGUCUCCCUCCUCCUCCUCCUGUCCAGAGAGUUAUGGAUCCAGGUUUUUUACGUGCAUCUGGUGUUUCAUUUCCUGAAACUGCUGACUUAACAAAAAUGCCUAACUUGUCUUCCUCUACCCUGUUCAACAUGUCAGCUACAGACUCAUUGUCAGGGACUGAAAGUUUAAUACCCAACAAUGGAAUUACUACUUAUUCUGAGCACGCCAUGGCUUCAGUCCCUGCAGAUCUAACCACAUACGCAGAGAGCUUAGUAAAACAGCCCGAGUUGGACCACUUAAUGCCUUCACUGUCCCCUUUACCAACUUUUGCUCUUCCUAACGAUAUUUCUUCAAAAGCAACACUAAGAACAGAUUCUGAUGCUCAAGAAACUGCACUACUUGAGGACUCGCCACCUGCUAACCCAUUGAAACCUGGCAGUGAUGAAAAGAUAAAUGAACUGAAAGAAGCUAUACAAGACUAGCCCUCAAAAGAACACUUCCUUAUAUCAUCAGUCUGCAGUCUGCCAUAUGCUGUCAUGCUACAUCUUGAAUGUUGACUUUUUGAUCUCAAAAGAUAAUUGCAGCUAUUCUGUUUUGUUAGCAUAGGCAAUGCUGUAAAGAGUAUAUAGAUCUCAUGCACAGUACUUCUCCUCUUAUCUCUCUGCAGCAUUGUUUGAUAGAUGGAACUUUAUUUAAAUAUUAUUCAAACUCAGAUUAGUCUAUUGAUCAUGCAUCUAUUUGUCCUUUCAAAAUUAUCAAUUUUUAAAAAUUGAACCAUUUGCUGGAGCCUGGGAAAACUCACUUUGUUUUUCCUCUAUUAAUAAGCGUUAUUACAAUUGUUUAAGUUCAUCCAAAUAUAUAGCAUAGUUUUCAUUACGUGAAGAAUAAGCUACAUUUUAAUGGCAAUUUCCCUGAUCUUUUACAGCAUUUAAGAAAAACGCUAUUCUUAAUUUUGACUUUGCUGAAAACAUUUUUUACAGCUUAAUACAAUUUUUCUGAACACACACAUCCUAUUUUUAGAUCAUAUAGUUCCAAAAGUAACUUUAUCUUAUCCAAAUUUCUUAAUGCACAUGAAAGUUAUGCAAACUUUAUUUAACUUGGUUUGGAACCGAUUAAGUGUUCCAUUGCCUUUCAUUUAGGGAAUCAAUGGGAGUGAAUUUACUGGUUGCUAUAAAGUUAUUUUUUUUAAAAAAGAUGAAGGAAAAUACUGUACAUUGGAAAGUGCAACAUAUUCUGGGUGAUAAAGAACUGCUGCAUUGGCUUUUAGUAGAUUGUUCAUUAGUUUGCAUGGUGGUCUUUUACAAGGAACUUUUUUAAAUGAAAAAGUUAUAAGGGAAAUGUGGUUGAGUUAAAAAUUAACUAAUUUGAUUUCUGCUCAAUGUUUCAGACUAUGGUUUUAUGAUGAAGCACAUGGGUUGAGUCUGGAUUUUAAAUGGUCAGGAGUGUUCUGUUAGAGGUAAUGGGUUGACAGUGACUAGCCUUGGUAUUUGCUUUUAUUGAUCUAUUGUGUAUUUUCCCAUUUCUUAAUUAUUUUUUAUAAGUAUAUAGAUUUACAACCAUAAAAUACGACAUGUUGAGUAAUCUCUAUUGCUUUUAUAGAUUUUCUUUGUUUUGUUUUCAAACACUUCCUGUACUUUUAAACACUUAUUUUAUGAAUAUUUGCUAUUAUUGUUCAGCCAGUUGUCAUGCUACCAAUAUGGGCUCCUUCUCAUUAUUCAGGCGGUAACUUCCUUAAUAUUUUAAGUACAAUGGAGUGGUUCCAGUCCUCCUCUUAUGCAGGAAUAACUUCACUGUGGUCAUUUAUGCUGAUGUAAAUCCCAUAGAGGUGAAGAGAAAGAUCUAGAACGUAUAUGUGAAGUCUAAAAUGCAUCCUAACUGGAAAACAAUUUGUAGCAAUGGAAAAUGUUAACUCGCACUUUUUCACCUUCCUACAUCAGAUAUUUAGGAUGUCUUUGAGCCAGGCUGUCUUAGUCAUAGGGUUUUGUCUAUAGUCCUCACAUGUAGUAAUCAUGAUUUAGCAAAACAUCAUAAAUGAAGCCACAACACUUGAAAGCAGAUUCAGAGCUGGUGUAGGUUGUCAUAGACACAGUGGAGCUAUGAUAACUCGAAUCAGAUGAGCAUCCUCCGCAAAGCUCUUAGAUCACAGUGCAAUUUCUGAUUUAAACUUUAUUUUUACAGUACCUAUGGUUUCUAUAUUAACAAGAUGGCCAACCUAUUUUUUACCCUUUCUAGUGAAGACUAUAUUAAGCAUUAAGUACAGAGGAUUUGCAUUUAACCUAUUUGCAGUUAUAAUUUGACAUGCAUUGUGUAAUUGCUGAAUUUGCUUCUCACUACAUUAUAUAAUCAGAAUACUGUAUUUGCAACAUGAGAGCCCACUUGAGUGAAUAAUCAACAUUUAUAAAGUAAAGAUCAUAGAACUUAA